AAAGAAAACCCUGGCUAUGUGCUGCGCGCGUGCGCCGCCGUGUGGCGCGAUGGAUCUGCUCCCCGAGGACUUGAUCGGAGAGGUGGUGCGCCGCCUCCCCGGGCGGAGCCUCGCGAUGUCCCGCCGCGUGUGCAGGCCGUGGCGCGCCGUCGUGGACCGUCUCAGGCCGCUCCGGCCGCACAUGCUGCCGCACUCCGUCGCCGGCAUCAUCAGCAUUCAGCAACUACUUUGACUUCCCGCGCUUCUUCGUCCGUCCCUCCUGCACGAGGAUCGCCGCCGCGUUCGACUCCGUCCAGCGCCGCAAAGACGGCCUGACCACCACGAGUCCACGAUCGUCGACCACUGCAACGGCCUCCUCCUCUACGACGACGGCUGGGACUGGACGCAGCUCUACGUCUGCAACCCCGCCACCCGGCGCUGGGCGCUCCUCCCGUCGGUUCCGGGCCUCGAUCUCUUCCCAGGUCUGUGCUUCGCCGGCGCCUACCUCGCCUUCGACCCGGCCGUGUCGCUGCACUACGAGGUGUUGUUGAUCCCAGACGUGCCCGAGAAAACCACCGACUAUGACGAGGAGGACCCGGAGGACUUGAUGGAAUGGCCACCGUCGUGCCAUCAGCUGAUGGUGUUCUCGUCGAGGACCGGGAGAUGGGAGGAGAGGGCCUUCGUUCGCAUAGGCGAGGCGGCGGGAACCGUAGCCGACGUGCGGUCAAAUAUGGUGGUGGAUCACAACUGGAAGACGGGGUAUAGCUACGCCGAGUACUGGAGAGGAGCCUUGUACGUGCAUUGUCGCGCCGGCGCUUUUGUUUCCAGGUUUUGCACUUCCGAAUGUAGCUACCAAGUAAUCAAAGCGCCAACAAACAUGGAUGAAAAUGAAAACAUGCGAUCCAACUUCAGAAGAUCAGAGAAGGGGAUGCAUUAUGCAAGUUUUCGUGGCCAUAGACUUCGAGUGUGGAUACUCCUCGAAGAAUCACAUGGCCUACCAGAGUGGGUGCUAAAGUAUGAUGUCAGCCUCAACCUUCUUUCCUAUCGAAUGAACACUUUAUAUUCUGAGGAGAUCAACAGGCCAUGGACCGUAGAUGAUGACGACAGGGAGAAGCAGGAGAAUAAUCGACAGAGCGCUGAAUGGAACUCUGAUAAUGAUGAUGUCCUAGAGUAUGGUGAAUGUAGCCACGAGCAGCAGAGUCGUGGGGGUUUCCGCUUCCUAGGCUUCCAUCCAUACAAAGAGGAUGCCCGCCUGCAUCCCUGGUGA